AAUCCUCAAUAAUUCUGUAAACUACGAGUUUAUGUUUGUAAUGAAAUAAUAUCACAUAAAUUAAAAUUCAAAUGUUUUAGUAGAAGAUAUUUGGAUAGGCGGACGUAUACACACGGUAGACUCGUGUCGAAACGCCUCAAACUUAGUCUUACACGCCACUCUCACAAGCUUCGUCUUCUUCUCUGCGACUCUCUUACUAUUUAUGUGAACAAUAUUUCUCUCUCUUCUCUAAGCUUUUCUCCAUCUUCUUCUUCUUCUCUCUAUAACUGGUAUUCUUUUUGCUAGGUUUGGUAAUUUUUUAAAUUUUUAGAUGAUUCUAGUUGAAUCUAUGAAUACGAUCCAACACAGUUGCAUCAGCUCAAUCUAAUUUGUUUCGUUUCUAAUUUUCUUCAUUCUUACCUAAUUUUGUGCUUAUUUGUUAUUUUGCAGUUUUGUGGUAAGUGUAUCUCUUUGAUCGUGGAGAAUUUGACGUAAAAAUGGCGGCUAUCGGAGUAUAUUCAACUCCAAAAAUGGAAUAUGUUGAAGGACGUUGCAUAAGUUCUAUUCAUUCGUCGACUAGUCUUAAACUAUGGCCUAUGAUUGGGAGAACCGGCUUUCCGAUUCGGAGGAAAAGGUUGGAAGUGAAUUGUUCAUUGCCUAAUACUAUGUCUCCGUUAGAAUCGGAGGAGGAUGCAGCAACCUUAAGUAGCAGUGAUUCCCUAGAGGAUGAGUUCAGCCAUGUGACGAAGUUCAAAAUGUCCGAUUUUAAGAUAAGGAAUCGUGUUAGCAUUGGCCUUGGUGGCAGGGGAGAUGAAAUAGUGUUUGAAGCAAUGGUGAAUGAUCCUCAUAGCCCAUUGUAUAAGACCAGAGUUGUACUUAGACAACUUAUAAGUCCUCGAGCCAAGCGGAGAGGACAUCGUGCAAUAGAGGUGUUGAAGAGACUGGGACGUCGUAAACUCAUGUAUCAUUCGUACUCUAUGCAAGUUCAUGGAUAUAUCUGCUCAUCCAUGAUAGAUGAGAAUAGUUCAUUCACCCUAGUUCAUGGGCAUCAUGGAAGUGCUUCAUUGAGACACUGGCUUCAACGGUCUGACUGGCUUCCAACUCUAGAAGCUACUCUUUCCCUAGAUCAGGAGUCUGUUAGAAGGGUGGGGGAUGAUACUAUAGGAGGGCCAGCUAUUUCCCGGCAACUGCGGCUAAUCCGAAUUUUAAUGAGGGAUCUCUUGAUUGGAGUGAACUAUGUGCACAGCCAUGGCCUUGCACAUACAGAGCUAAGGCUUGAAAAUUUGCACAUUAGCGCGGUGGAUAAACAUAUUAAGGUAGGUAUAUUGGGAAAUGCUUCUGACUUUAAUGAGGCUGAUCCUGCGGAUAACACAUCAUAUGACAAUAUGGAUAGGAGGAGAAUGAUGAUUGCAUUUGACAUGAGAUGUGUUGGAUUCAUCAUGGCAAAAAUGGUUUUGAGGGAACUCAUGGACCCAACGAUCUUUGCCAAGUUCAAAGCAUUCCUCACCAAGGGAAAUGAUCCCUCCUGUUUGCGGGAGUUUCUUCUGCAUGCUGUAAAAAGAAAUUCUUCGGUCGGAAACUUUGGUAUACAAAUACUCGAUAGGAACUGGGGUGCAGGUUGGCAUUUGCUUUCAGUACUCCUUGCACCUAAACCUUUGGACAGGAUAAGUUGCUUAAAUGCUCUGAGGCAUCCCUUCUUGUGUGGACCAAAAUGGCGUGUGAACCCAUCUAUUGAUCUAAUCAGAUGGAGUCUUGGCUCAACCACUGUUCGAAUUGCAGAGGAAUAUAUUUAUGGGCAACAGCAGCAUUGGUUGGGAUUGCUUCCUGGAAAGUGGCGGCUGUUAUAUUGUACUGGAAGACAUAUAGGGUUGACCCUUCGACAGCCUUCUGUUAGAGUACUCAUUGGGGAAGUAUACCUAACAAUGUCUAAAGUGUCACAACCUAAGACCACAUUUUCAGCUGCCUCACAUAUUAGCUUCACAGUUAUGGCUGGUCGUGACUGGGCUCAUGACAAGUCUGGCGUUGGGGGAGAACUGCAAGUUAAUUCCUUUUUCAGAUUGAGAGCUGGGAGACGGUUAUAUCUUGAGGAGGAAACUAUCAGCUCAAAGUUUCCUUCAGCUACACAGGAUGCUCAAGCUUCCGUCCUGAAAAGGCUAUCUAGUAAAAAGUGGAGGAAAGCAAUCCCGAUAUACGAAAUCCCUUCCAGCCUUUCCGUAGCUAAACUUGUGUCGGAUGAAAUCGAUGUGAUGAUGAGUCUUAAUAAACCACUGAAUGGAAACAUGGAAGUUGCACAGAAAGCAAUUCAAGAAGUACGCACCCAAAUACCUCCUGAAAUGUUCGAUCUGUCAAAAAUCGUUUGCGGAACAUAUUUAGAUUCAAGAUUGCUUGUCCUUCGAAGUGUAAAUGGAUCUGCCCUCUUCUUCCAUAGAUGUACAAAUGACAGCUGAUUGCGAGUAAAAAUAGCUUGUUCAUGCACUUUGUAAAUAAGAUCAUAUUUUUAGUUUUCUGUAACAGGAGUUCGGCAAAAGAAUAGAAGCCAAGAUUUGUGUCUUAAACUUGCAAAGAUUCUCCCUUACUAUCGCACCAA